AUGGCGCCUAGGUGGCCACAGGUAAACAAUGGCCCCGAAAACAUCAACGAGCACGCCACAUACCUCAAAGAAGCAUGCAAUCAACUGCAAUCGGUGGAUAGAGGACGGCAGAACCAGGUUCCAUGGAACAUAGUACAGCAGUAUGUGGCCUCGACCGUUGCGCUCAUUGGCAAGGUCCUGAGACAGCCUGCGUUCGACGAAAUCAUCCAGCACGUCCAAGACGCGGCCAAGUGCACACAGAACAUCCAGAAGGACAUUACGAUCAUCAAGAACUCUGUUGGACUGGGCACGACUCCGAUAAAUGCGGCCAAUUACAGCGGUGGACGAGCCGCCACAACGACCUGGGCGCAGAUUGCUGCUCAGGCCAAAGGCGCGCCAGCACCUCCUCCGCCAGUACCACAAGGAAUACCGGCUGGCAAGGCCCAUUCCACGGUCACAGCAUACAAGGACCGAGUCGUUAUAGUCAAACUCAAAGAUUAUGGCAUCGCCCAGCGAUACCGAACACAACCGGCCAUCUGGAUCCGACAAAAGGUAGAGUCCUCAAUACGCGACAACAUGGCCACCAGACUGGUCAAAGUUGUUGCGGCACACCAGCUCAAAAGUGGUGACAUCCAAAUAUUUACGAGCACAACUGCCGAGGCCACACAGCUCAAACAGAACAAGGGGUGGAUCAAAGGCCUCGGGGAACACGCAGAGCUCGUCGUGGCAACCUACGGCGUCAUUGUCCAUGGCAUACCCACCAAUUCUAUCAACAUCAAGGACCAGAAAGCAACCAUCCAACGGAUAAUCGCAGACAACUACACAGUGAUACCAAAUGCAGAGAUCUCACACAUAGGAUGGCUGACCAAGGAAGCCACUCUCAAACGGGCAUCCUCGAUCGUUGUUGAGUUCACGGAUCCAGAGAUAGCCAAUGCCAUAAUCUAUGCCGGAAUGGCAUGGGAGGGCCGGAUACAUCAAUGCCAACUCUAUGACCGCGCAUGCAGAGUGAAGCAAUGCUUCCGUUGCUACAACUAUGGCCACAUCGGCACUCAAUGUAACGCGUCCCAAAUUUGCGGCUAUUGUGCAGAGCAACAUGAGGCAAAACACUGCAAGCAAAAGGGAGUGGAAGGUUUCACCCCCCGAUGCGCAGUAUGCAAAGAUGCUCAUACUGCAUGGAGCAAUGCAUGUCCUGCAAGGAGGAAGGAAAUGCAAAGAGUCGAACAAGCCAAGGAAGUCCGCAGCAUCUACUGGCACGUUCCAUCGAAGGACACCCCCCAGCCAGUGCCACACAACUCCCGAAAUACCAACCGAAGUCAGGCAGCACACGAACGACCGAGGCCCAUCCCGGCACCAACGGCGGUUCUAGAGCCGCUAGAUGCAACGACGGAAGAAAUCAACAGCCCUUUACACCCUAGUCCUGGAACACCGCCAACCAUCGAAGCCCCAGUUGUCCCAUCGACAGAGCAGACACAUCAGCCCGUACGGGAACCUAAUGGAACAGGGGAGUCAGAGGAACAAAGAGCAAUGCCAACACCUGUCGCCCUGUCUGACGGAGAGGAGUGGGCAACACCUGCAGUGCUGCAAGACCCGGCCUGGCAGCCCGAUCCGUCAAACGACAUUCUACCUCCCUCGCACCUGACCGACAACACCGAAGAAUCAGAAACGCAAGGAGCAGAUGACUGGCUAAACGACAUCGCGAACGAAAUUGACGAUGUAUGGCUUUACGGUUAUCCAGAUAAUGGCCCGUCACCACAGACAUCUCUGGUCACAGAUACCUACACGGCCGGAGGGAGAAUCUACAAAGGAUGUAAAUGCCCUGAACACCAGGAGAUCUACGCCAAUUGGCCAACGCGAGAUGCCGAACUGAAGAUCGCUCAAUGCAUGAGAAUCUGCAUGUAUUGUGGCAAAGACUUCCCACAGGCAUCGGAGCUUCGCAAGCACUUGCGGAAGUCAGGAUACUCCAAACGAAACUUGGCAGUUCAGACAGAGACACGUAACAGAUGGAGUGCCUCCACUCCUGGGUGGACUCUCCGAUCCCGGAUAGUGUCAUCCUCUAAUCGGUCAGAAGCCCGAACAACCCGGAGCCAAUCACAUGCGGACCGCGCCGACUACAACGUCCAGAAGUCAAGAGAUGUCGUCCUUGCCAGCUUAUUCCAGAACCCAAGGGUUCUGAAGUACGACAUCUUGGCAAUCCAAGAACCCUGGCGGAACCCAUUCAUCGCUACGUCCUACCAUCCUCUCAAAACACACUUUCACCUUAUGUACUCCGCUGAGGCAGCGACGAGAGUAUGCCUCUACAUCAACAAAAGAAUCGACCCAGGUACUUGGAAUGUCUCCUUCAUCUCCAAGGAUAUAAUCUCCCUCAAAAUCUCCGACUCUCGUCUUAACCAAAGCGUUCACAUCUUCAACGUCUACAACGAAGUGACCUCCGACACGCUCCCGACACUAGCCGAAACCAUUGGGACGCUCAACUCAGAAAGAAUUGUCGUUCUGGGCGACUUCAACCUACACCACCCUCUCUGGUCAGCAGACUAUCGUCGUACUCGCAGAGGACCCAGUGCCGAAAACCUACUCAGAAUCAUUGAGGACUCUCAGCUACAGCUCCUCACGGUGCCCGGAACUCCAACACACCGAUGGAAGGAUGGAGAAUCCACAAUCGACCUAACCUUUGCCUCCGAAGACGUAGCAUCCAGGGUCACCCAGUGCAAGAUCGACAAACAUCUCGACUGUGAUUCUGACCACCUCCCGAUUGCCCUAACUGUUAACUGGAACCCGCAACCUGAUGAACCGAAGAGAAAGCGCCUAUGGGCAAAGACGAACAUAACAAUCCUGCGACAAGUGACUCAGAAUCACCUCUCCAAAUCGAAUGAUGCCACGGAACUCAGUAGCAUAGAAAGUAUAGACGGGUUCGUCUCGACCCUCGUUCAGGCCCUGAAUGCCGGCAUCGAGGCCUCUACCCCAUGGUCUAACCCAUCCCCACGCUCGAUCCCAGGAUUCAACCAAGAGUGCCGGGACCUUUGCACAGAAGUUCAGCAACUCCGGCGAAGGUGGCAACGUACAAGACAGGAUGGUGACUACGAGGCCUACCGACAAGCACGUAAUAGGAAGGGCCGACUCGUCCAGAAGACACUUCGAAACAAUCAUCGCCAAAAAGUAGAGGAGGCAUCAGCGUCACCAUCUGGCCUAUGGAACCUGGUCAAAUGGGCCAAGAACAGACACAACGCAUCGGCAGCCUGCACACCGCCACUACUUCGCUGGGACCACCACCGCGAGAAGAUAGAGGCUGGAGCAACGAAACGACUGUCGGCCCUGUCAGCACUCGCCUCCUCAACAUGGGGCACAGGGGCCAUCAAUCUCCGGCAUGUAUACCGGGCAAUGGUUGUGCCCCAGAUGCUCUAUGGCUGUUCGGCGUGGCACAUUUCUGCAAACAGCUACACGAGCAGGGGAGGCGCUAUGACAAGUGCUAUCCAGAAGAUCCAGAGACGUGCAGCACAGAUUAUUACAGGGGCCUUUCGGACAACGGCUGGUGCAGCAAUGGAUGUCGAAUCCCAUCUACUCCCAGUGCAACAGCAACUCGAGCAAACCGCGCUGGAAGCCACGAUACGCAUUAGAACAACACCACUACAUGACGAUAUGGCCACAACCGAGACCGAGAGCGGUGAUACUAGAACACCCAUCCAAAGACGCAGCGAACAGAGCCCCCUCGAUAGGUUCUCGAGUACAUUAGAGAGCAAGCACGGCUUACGGCUCGAACGGCUGGAGAAACGCAUACCACACGUAGUGCCACCCUGGUGGAUCCCACCACCCGUCCGCAUCAACGAAUCUGCGGAGGGAGCCGUCAAGGAACACGAUGCCACGGAACCAGAAACAUUACGCAUCUACACUGACGGAAGUGGCAUUAACGGCCAUGUCGGAGCGGCGGCGGUAACACCUGCGGUGCAGGCCAACGGAAUAUAUUCGAAGCGGACUCAGUACAUGGGCACAUCGUCAACCACCAAGUCUACCAUCCGCCGAGCGAUGAGAAACGAGUGGGACCUAGCUUGGGAGAAAUGCAAACACGGCAGAGAGCUUUUUAGGCUUGGAGUGCGUCCGGGGAAAGCGAUCCUCGAUACACACGCCGGGGCACACAGAGCAAUUAGCUCAGCAAUCACACAGAUGCGUACAGGCAAGAUCGGCCUCCGGGCCUACCUUCACGCCAUCAACAAGGCCGAUACAAACCAAUGUCAGUGUGGCCAAGGACCACAGACAGUACGACACAUCCUGCUCGAAUGCCGGAACUGGGUGGAUGAACGACAUCGAAUGUGGGCAGGCAAGUCUCCAUGCAUUGACAUCAAGCGUAUUCUCUGUAACCCGCCAAUGGCAGUACAAGCAGCCAAGAUGAUCUUGAGGACUGGACUGCUGGGACAAUUCCGAGCAGUGCCGUCCACGGUACUCAAAUACACAUAG